AUGUAUAUUUUGGAGGUUUUGAAUUGGGAUGGGAAGUACAAUAACAACUUAGAAUAUACAAAUGUUUAUGUGAAGAGCCUUAAUUCUCCUGUUUCUGAUAUGAUGCGACAGGGAAUCCCAGAGAAAAACCUUUGUUUAUUGUUUUGUGGCGGAUCGAAAUGUAAAUAUUGCAAUCCUUCAUCGUUUUUCGACAAAAGCAAAAUGCAUUUAAACGGCUUAUACUCCACCUGGAUUACACAAAAUAUACUCGCAACAUCUAGACCAAGUGAAAAAUUAAUUAAAGAAUUUGAUAUAAUUGGGCAGUUUAAAAGAAUGAGUAUUUGCUCCAUAUUUAACAUGGAAACAGCAGGGGAACACAGUAGUUGCGGCUUUGGUGUACUCAGUUCUGGAUUUUCAUAUGACCCAUUAAGCUUCAUGAAAAACAAUAUCGAUUUUUACAAUUUUAGCUGGUGUGACUACGAUGUCGCAUCACUUCAGUUCAUUCUGGAUACAGUGACGGUAAUCCAGUUUGCAAUAUUUAGAGGAAAAAUCGCAGUUCACUGUCAUGCUGGACUUGGUAGAACUGGUGUAAUAAUUGCCUGUUAUUUAGUAUUUAAUAACCGCAUCUCCGCUGGAGAAGCAAUACAAUAUGUUAGAUUCAGAAGAUCAGGGUCUAUACAAACCCAGAACCAAGUUAGAUGCGUAUAUGAAUUUGAAAAGUAUCUGAAUCUUUAUCGAAUAUAUUUCGGAUCACAUAGACAGUUCAGUUUAGAAGCAUUUCUUAAACGCCAGAGCGUUUUAUUGCAUGGACCGGAGAGAAGAUGCUUAAGAAAUAUUCCAAAAAUUAUAUACAUGUGUUGCAAACUGCUUGUCAGAAUCAUCGUGACAGGAUGCACAUCAGUACAAGUAGAUUCUUCAAACCAUAGAAAUCGAAUAGUGAGUGAUGGAAACAAUUGUCAACCAACAAAAAAGCUUUCCACAAUAAAUGUUACAUAUUCAGAAGUUUUUACUAGUUGUCAACCAGAUGAAACAAGUGAAUUGACGAGUACAACUGUAGAUUAUUCAUAUGGCAGGAAUUUUCCAAAUCAAAGUGUAGAUGAUAAUCAGUCUAUUGGCGCAAGCUCUGUUAUUGAAGCUCUGCUUACUACACAAUAUCCUGAAUCUGUUGUGAAUGAAACGGAAUAUUGGAAAAAAAAAUUCAACAAUGAUCCUGAAGCCUGGGAUGAUUUUGACAAAACUUCAUUCAAUGCAUUGGUUCUGGUAAAACUAAUAGAUGAUUGGUUGACACAUUUAAAGUCUCCAGUGCUUCGAAUGCAAGACUUGCUCAGCUUACAACAAAAUCCUUUAUUUGAAGAAGAUAUAUUAACUUCUCUAGAGAUUUUCGAGAAGCCAGUCGUUUGUUUAAUGAGUUUAUUUGCCAAAUUAAUAACUCAUCUUCAACCUUUAUCUGAACAAAUGGAAUAUUUACUGAUAGAACGUGUUUUAAAUUGGUUAUGUCAAAAACAAUCGAAGUCUUUAAACAUUACAACAAAUACGAAGAAGUUCAGUGAACAAUUUAGAUGUUAUCAUACAAGAUUUGAUCAUUUAUUGCAAUUAGCAUUUAAAAUAAUGCAUUUUUUAAUUGGAUUUGUAAAAUCAAAGUGUACAUUAAUUGAAAGUGUUGAUCUGCUGUCUAAUUCUUUGCCUAUUAGCCAAUAG